AUGACAAGAUUCUCUCCAAGAUCAUUUACCAUAUAUGUCAUCUUCAUCAUCAUCCAAUCUCUUUACUCUUCCAAGAUUCUAUCUUGUGCUUGUUCUUGUCAUGACCAUCAUGUUCAUCAACACACAAAUCAAAAAUUCGAACAAAAAACAACCAUCUUUUGGGAAUAUGAUGAGAAAUCCAAAACUUGGGUUCAGGUGAAGUUACCUUAUGAUCUAGUAUCCUGUGUUGAUAAUAACUGCACAAAAGUGGGCAUCAUUGAAUCAACAAACGACGAUCAAACACAAACCAAAUUUGAUCAAGAACAAGAGUCAAACAAGGUUGAUAGUCAAAGAAAAAAGAAAGUCACAAGAGAUGAAAGAAAUAGUGGAGGUUUAGGAUCAAGAAAGAGACUUUCAUUAAUAAAAAUGGCAGAGGAUUCGAUAUGGGUCACCGGAAUGAGUGGUUCGAUCUACGAGAGGUAUUGGAAUGGAAUUCAAUGGGUGAUUGCACCUCAUGAAUUGCCAUUACAAGCAGGCUAUGCAGUUUCUGUGUUUUUGGUCAAUCACACAGUUCUUGCUCUUUCUGAGGCAGGAAUCUUGUACCAGAUGCAACUAAGUGAAAAUUCAGUUCCAAUAUGGGUCGAGUUCCCACCGAUUAUAGAUUCCAGCUCGCCAACACGAAUCAAAUCUGGAGUUAUUUCACAAGAUAGGGAGAAGAUCUAUUUCUGCUCAAAGGAUGGGCUGCUGAUAGAGCUCAGUGAGGUUGACCCUCCAAGAUGGAUGAACCAUGGAAAGCCUCCAGGUGCAGACGUUGCAGCGAUGGUUGAUGCUGCUGGAAUUAGACUACAAGUCAUAUUCACUAUAAGCUCAAGCGGUGAUCUAUACGAAUUCGACAGGUAUGCAAAGCCAUUGUGGAAGAAACACAUAUGGAGUAAAGGAUCGUCACAAGACACCACUUUGAUACCAUCCAACAGCUGCAUAGUACACCGAAGAACAGGACCUCAUUCCGAGUCACUCUUUCUCUUAACCAAAGGUGGGAACCUGGUUGAGAGAAGACUACUUCAAAGAAAAUGGAAAUGGAUCGUCCAUGGAAGCCCUGAAGAUCAACAAUUCACUUCCAUGACACUUGUGACUACUGACUAUACACACACAAAUCCAUUUUCUUUGUUUCUAACAGCAGCUUCCGGAUCUGUUAUUGAAUAUAACAUUUCUGUACAAGAUAGGCAAAGGACAUGGGUGAACCAUAUGCAUCCACCAAAUGCCAAAGUAGCCAAAGGCGUUGCUGGACUGCAAUUUCAAGUUGGGCGGAUCAUAUUUCCAUUGGAUGACGGUCGGAUAGGUGAACUGCAUCAAUCAAGAACUGGUGGUGACAAUGUGGGACCGAGUCCACCUGUCAAUCGAAGACGAGUUUCCACAAAGUACACGUGGUCAAUAAUUGAUGCUCCCGAGAGUGAAGGGUGGAAUGCAGAAUACUGCACUGGAGAUCGUGGCCCCUUGAACUGUAUUUCAGGCAUUAAAGAUGAGCUCAACAACGAAGAAAUUGCCACAGGACCAGUAUCAAGAAGGCGAAAUGGAAACAAAGGGCAUGAUAAUUACUAUUUAGCGUCGCCAGGAAUUAAAAUGAAAGAAGAGAGGGACAUUGAUCAGAAAAGUUCGGCUAAUAUGAACUGCCGCAUACGAGUCAUGCAUGAGGGUAAAUCGUUCUUUCUUUUAACUAAAAGUGGGCUGACUUACGAGUAUCUAAAUGUAGAUAAUGUGUGGUUUUGGCUUCGUCAUGAGUAUCCUACGGCCAUGAAAGGUGCACUUGGAAAUUACAAUGGGAGCUUGUUUCUGGUGGAUGAGCAUAACAAUCUGAUUAUCAGAGAAAGGUCUGAUAACAAACUCACAUGGAUAAACUGCACUGCAGUGAAGAAAGGAAAACAAGUUAUUGGAGGCCCGCCAUGGGACAGACCUCCAGGAAUAUCUCCCAAAGUUACACCAGAAGACUCUCUCUUCUUCGUUAGCAAAACCGGAGGGCUGCUUCAAUUAACGGUUGCACUACGGAAGUUGAAAUGGAAAGAUUGCAAAAGCCCUUCGAAUAUAAAGAUUGCAUGUAUUGUAGACCAAGAAGGGUUUAGAGAAAACAUAGUUUUAGUGAUUGGAAGGGAUGGUCGAUUGUACCAGUACAACAAAGUGACGGGCAUAUGGCACAAGCACCACCAGUCACAACACAUGGUGCUAUCAAGAGAGUCUGGAACUGCCAUUAGAGGUACGUCACGGGCAUUAACUGGAUCCCUCUUCAUGAUAUCAGAAGACGGCAUGCUCAUCGAGUAUCAUUGGAACCCGAUUGAUGGUUGGAAUUGGGCAGAGCAUGGUUCGCCAUACCACGGGGUCACAUUGGUUGGGUCUACUGGGCCAUGCCUCGGAGAGAAUCAGUUGUUUUUGAUUGGUUCGAAUGGGAAUGUCUACUUAAGGUAUUUGGACCAAGCAACUUGGAAGUGGAAUAACUACGAGUUUCCAUCUAGGGAAAAAAUUGGUGGUGAAAACUGCCAGGGGGAAGAUGUUCAUAUGGACGAGAGAUGUAAGGAAGAAACCGAAAACUGUGAUCCGAAGGUGGCACCCACACGGCCAAUUCCAUUCACGGAAAACUCGGUGAUAUUUGAGCUACGAGAUGGCAGGUUGGCAGAAAUGCAGAGAACCAAGGAUCUACAAUGGGUGUGGUGGCGCACAAUAGGAACUCCAACAAGCCACUGCAAUGUGGUCUACUGGACGGCUGUAGCAUCAUGAAAACAGUUGACCAAUCAAAAAUUAACCAUUGUACAUACAAGUAUACAACAGUUAAAGAGCAGAAAACAAUAAAGCUUACAAGCUUAGCCAUAGAUCCUCUGAAAAUGCAUGCCUCUGUUGUAAAUAUGCUAUGCAGCAAUCUAAAGUUAAUUUCAUA